UUUUUACAAAAAAGUAUUGCAUUCUUACACAUUUGCCCUGCACUCUUGUAACAUCCUAAACUGAAGAUUACAGUGAUACAGAAUUAAGAUGGUGCUCCUGAAUUGGAAGGCACUGGAAAAUUUUCCACUACUAAUGUACAUUUUAGCUGCUAAAACAUUAAUUCUUUGUUUAGCAUUUGCUGGGGUAAAAGUAUAUCAAAGGAAAAGACUUGAAAAGAAGAUGAAAAUGGAACAAGCAGAAAAGCAGAAAGGAGAAAUGGAUAAAAAAGAAAACUGAAGAUCUAAAGGAGUGUUAAGUUCCCAGGCUCUAUGAUGUAAGAGGCGUCUAAAGUCUGAUAAACAAACCAACAAAUAAAUGCUAUAAGAAAAGUGAGAAUGGAUACAACAUAUAAAUAGGCAUUUAGGAAGAGCACAAAAAGCAAGCAGGUAAGUCACAGGAAAGUAUGUGACAUAUCCGUGUAUGUUUUGUCAUUUGUCCCUUCCCCCACCUGUCACUUCCAUGAACACUUACAAUCAUGGAAAUAAAAGUUGAAUAUAUUCCUUCCUGUAUGUGUGGGAUCAUGGACUGCCCCAUGAGAGGGAUCAUACUACGUUUCUAUUUGUAAUGGCUUAUAUUGUAUCAGGAAGAACAUUGCUGUGAAAAGCAGGAUACAAAUAGUUGUAACAAAUAAAAUCAAUACAGUAGAACAUCAGGGCCUCCUAAUAGCAUCUUAGCCCCCAGUAUCACCAAUAUUUUUGUAUCAUUUCAAAUCAUGAUAAGCACAUUUGCAUACCUGCUAACUCUGGAUGGGGCAGCCUUUGUUUUGGAGGAGUCUUCAUGUUUAAAAACUCACCCCAGGAAGUCGUGUUUUUUUUGUUUUAUUUACAGCAAGUGAUAGCUGGGGAAAAGGAGGAGUGCUGGUGUUCCAACUGCAGAGAAACUUGACCUGAGCUUCUUGGAGCACUGCUCUGGUACCAGAUUUGAUAGGAGGUCUCUUGUCUAAAUAAACUGGCUUAUUCAAAGCAGAGCAUGUUAUUAAUUUUUUUUAAAAAAUAGCAUUUCAGUGCUCCAAUCAAGGAUUUUUUAUUUUCAAGAUUUUUUUCAAAUAUUAUUUGAAUAUUAUUUCAAAUGUUUAACAGUACUCUGUUAAGAAACCAAAUAGACAUUUACAGCCAAGGCAAUGCCAGCCCGAUACUAGGAAAUUAGCCACCCUCUGUGUUUGAAAGUAUUGAACAGUCAACCAGGGAAAAGUAGGGGGCAAGUAGCACUGAUAGUUUUACAGUUACAUCAUUAAAGUUGAAUGGAUAUCUAAAUGUCAUGAGCCCAGAGGCAUUAAGACAGUUUGAUGCUUCAAAAGCAAAUAUAUCAUUGAUAAGUAGAAUGCCAGAACAAUGAAUAAAGGAAGACUUGAUGUUGUCCAGGCAGAAAUGCCAAGACUGCAUAUCAACAUUUUAGGAAUUAAGGAGCUGAAUAUAUAUUGGAAUUCCCAUCAAAGGAACCCUCUGCAGAUCCCAUCAGAUCCUCUAAUGCAGACUUCAGAAUCAUUAAAAAAACCUGACUAAUUCCUAUUGCUAAAAAAAAGUAUGCAAAUUGCUCUUUUUUUAAUUUGUAAAAUUUGAAUGAUUUUUUUAAAAAUUUCUGAUUGCCAUCUAGAGUUUCCUGGGUAGAUGUUUGGUUAUAGAAAUGUGUAAACAGGUAAAUAAAUAUGUAGAAAUGCUUGGAUACAGUCCCAAAAAGAUAGAUAAUCUCAAUUCAAAUUGAAGGCUAGCUAAUCACUGUUACAGUGAUCUGUGUAUAUGCGCUAACCACAGAUAAAAAGGAAGUGGAAGCUGAAUAAUUCCAUUAUAACUUGCAACAUCUUAUUGACACAACUGCAGAAAAGAUGCCAUAAUAAAUAUAGGACACUGGAAUGCUAAAGUUGGAAGUAAAGUAGCUUCAGAGUAAUGGGAACAUUUCGCCUUGGUAUAUGAAAGGAAACGGGAGACAAAUACAGUUCUGGCAAAAAAAAAAAAAAGAUGCAAUGUUUUUAGCAAAUACUUUCCUCUAUCAACCUGAAAGAUUACGCAGGAUCUCUACUAGACAGACAAACCCAAAAUCAAAUUAUCUACAUAUAUUACAAGCAAAAAUGGAAGCUCUAGUCUAGUCAGUCAGCAAAAGAAGAUUACAAUGUAGAUUACAAACACCUAUAGUAACAACAGAAUAGAAAAAACAAAAUAGUCAGAUAUGAUCAAAACAAUAUUCAUUAUGAUUAUAUGAUGAAUAGAUGAAGUAAAUUAGAGUGAUAAACAUGAUUAAAGAAACUGGAAAUAAAAUUUGUUGCAUCAUUAAAAAUGAUACAGGAUUGAAUAUCCUGAAAUGUAAAAGAAUUCAAUGGUUGUCUAUUGAUAUAGAAUAAAAUAAAACCAAUAUCUAUAUCUUGCUGUAUUUUUAUAAGAAUUGUAUUACUCUCCAAUUAAUAAUGUAUAGAAUAAACUGGCAACCUCAAUUUAUUCUAUACAAUUAAUAUCAGACCAGUAGGACUGAGUUUCCACAAUGGGCAAAUAUCAUAAAAUUAGGUCUACUUUGAUUAUAUCAAUGAACUAGUCACACAUGGUUGUAUUCUGCUCUACAUGCUCUUAGUAGUUACCCAGUGGCGGAUUAAGGCUCACUGAUGCCCUAAGCACUGACAAAUCUUGGUGCCCCCUCCUUUGUACAUACUC